CUUAGGAAAACCUAGAGAGAGAAAUUUGUGUCCGCAGUUGGUGAUUUGAAUGCUCCGAAAAUUGAUGGUUUCAGUUACCGACGGUGGUUGAUUAGCAGAAAAAGAAUAAUAAUUAAAUAAAUCAAAACACAAGAUUACUCUGAAAAUGAGUGAAAAUUCCAAGAAUGGAGCGGAUCGCGUUAAGCCAGUGGAGACUUUGGUCCUGGCCAAUUAUGCCCUAAAGGCGGAACAAAAACGAGCUGCCGGUCAGGGUGGACGUAAAGAGGAUGAACGUAUAACUAGUGCCGUGAUGAAAGUUCUCGAGGGUUAUGAUUGGAAUCUGGUUCAGGCAUCUGCCAAAGCCCCCACGGAUCGCAAAAAGGAGCACAUCAAACGUCCUAUGAAUGCUUUUAUGGUCUGGGCCCAGGCAGCUCGCCGUGUCAUGUCCAAGCAAUAUCCACAUCUUCAAAAUUCUGAAUUAAGCAAAUCACUGGGAAAACUAUGGAAAAAUCUGAAAGAUAGCGAUAAGAAACCGUUUAUGGAAUUUGCUGAAAAGUUGCGUAUGACGCAUAAACAGGAGCAUCCCGACUAUAAAUACCAGCCCCGAAGAAAGAAGGCAAGAGUGCAACAGGGAGCAGGAGGUGCAGGAGGAGGAGGAGGAGGAGGACUCAUAGACGAUGGCAUAUCAUCAUCGAGCUCCUGUGGUGCUGUAGCCGCAGUCAGGACACAACGUACGGCCAAUUCAAGUUCAUCCAAUGGCCAAAGACGGACAAAAGCGAAUAAUGGCGCACUGAAUAGUUCAGGCCUAAACCUUUGUUCGCCCACGGGUGGCUCGAGCAGCAGCUCGGAUGUAUUUAGCAACGAGGCAUUCAUGAAGUCCCUGAACAAUGCCUGUGCUGCUAGUCUAAUGGAACAGGGCCUAGCCUUGAAUUGUGAAACGGAGCGAGCACUACUCGACUCUCCUUGCUCAACCACCAGUUCCUUAUCGUCAUCCCUGACUCCGCCCGAUACGCCCUGCAGUGGUACGGGAGCAUUAAAACAACUUAACAGUAGUUCAAGUCUGCUUCUUCGUCAAUUGAGUGAACCCAGCAAUGGGGGAGUGAGUGUCCAGUGCAACAAUGAUUACGGAGUUCUUCUGGACGCUGGCAGAGAGUAUAUUGCUUUGGGUGAAGGAAAUUACAAUAAUCAAGCAGCUCAAGAAAUGGAUUUUCUCGAGAAUAUCAAUAGUUAUAGCUAUGCUGGGGCCACAAGGGCUACACUCCAUCCGGGCUACACUUUCCCCCCAACCACUUCAGUGAACUUUCCAACUGACUCUGAGGAGCAGCAGUCUGGCGCGGUUCCACAUCCAGCAUCUAGCGUCAAUGGUGCUUUAAAUUACAAAACGGCCAACGACAUUGAUCCCAAGGAAAUUGACCAGUAUCUCAUGGAUCAAAUGCUACCCAUGCCAUCCAUGACCCAUAACCAACAGAACCACCACCACCAUCACCACCAACAGCAUCAUCAUCAUCAUCAUCAUCAUCAGCAUUCGCCGCCUCCUUUGAAUUCAUCUGCUUCGCUCUCAUCCGCCUGCUCGAGUGCCAGCUCUACAGUUACUGUGCCAGUGGAUUGCACUGCCUACUACGAGCAAAUGGGCUACACAGGCCAAAGUCAAGGAAAUGGAGGCAACUUUGUUAGUCCUCACUAUGCUGCACCAGCAAUUAAUUUGCCUUUGCCUGUUUCUGCAGUUUCGCCGGGCCAUCAGCAACAGCAACAGGAAUUGCAAUUGCAUUCACUUGGCCAACCAGAGCAGGAACAGCAACAGCAACAGCAGCAGCCACAGCAACAGCAACAACCAAAUUCAAGUCAGCACCAUCUAUGGGGCACUUACACUUAUGUCAAUCCCUAAGCUACUUAAUUUGCGCAUUUGUUGACAUAGCUUUUAUUACUUUGUCCCCUCCUCUCUCCUUACUGCUUGUCUCUGUGUCCCAUCUCCACUCUACUCUACUCCCUUUCUCACACUUUGUCUUCCUGUUUAGAUCCAAGUCCAUGGAUGGCAUUCCGUUUAUUGGUUUAUUGUUUGUGCAAUAGUCCAGGAUGUUUGUAUAGAUACGCACAGUCCAUACACUUCAUCUCACUUGAAUAGAACUCAAUGAAAUUCAAAAUUUUGUAUUUUCAAUAUUUAUAAAGGUACAACUGCAAAUAUUUUAUUUAUCAUAAUUGUUUCUAAUAUUUACC